ACAAGUUGAGUAGCAUUUUUAUGUAGAAUUCUCUCUGUUGGGUAGCAUUGUCAUGCAGAAUUAUUCUCACCAUAGAGAGAGAGAGAGGGAACUGUCAGAAGCUUGGUGACCAUGGCAAUGGCGCCAUCCUUGGCCGCCUCAGAAUUUUCGAACCUUCAUGCGGUUGUUCCAUGCAAAUCUUUAUGCUAUGCGUCCAAGUCUUCUCUCCUGUGGAUGUGCAGGUCAAGCCGCAGAAAGCAGAGGGUGAAGCUAUCGGUGCAGUCUCCGGGUCCCAUAGGUGGAGAACCACACCAGAAAACCGACGACAACAUGGAAACAAGCAACCAACCUCCCAUCGAACAACCUGCUAAUUCGUCUCCUCCCUUACCUACUGCUCCUAAUUGGCUAAAGUGGACUCUGGGAUCAAUAAUGUGGCUCGCUCUCCCCAGUUGGAAGAAAAUACAAAAAAUUGAUGAUGUGGUGACGAAAGUGGAUAAUGUAGUGGAGAUGAUUGAAGACGUGGCGGAGGUAACUGAGAAGAUAGCUUCGCAUGUGGCGGAAGGGCUCCCAGAGGAUGGGAUGAUGAGGAAGGCAAUGGAAGGUUUGGAGAAUGCGUCUGAAGAAGUUCUAAAGAAAGUUGAAGUGAUAGAUAAGUUCGUUGAUAAGGUAGAUGAAUGGACAGAGAAGCUAAAGAUAGAAGAUGAGCAAGGGGAUCAAGAUAAGCAUGGAGAGAAGAACAACGAUCGAGUAGAAUAAGAACCUUGGCAGUUCUACACGUAUUUGCUUUUUUCUUUUCCCCAAAAAGGAAUGUCGGUAUAUUGACCUUAAUUAUGUUUUGAGAAGUCGAAUAGGUGGAGGCCUGGGUAAGAAUGAGGUGAGGGUGAGAUUAAAUCUAAUCUCCUGGUUUUUGUCCUUUCUUUUUUUAUGUUUUGCCAUUGUCAAUAGAACUUGAUGGUAUUACUUGGCUUAUAGGAGGAAUUAGAUGCUAAUCUGGUCUGAAGCGAUGCAAAUUUUACCGAUUAGCAUCUAGAUUUUAUUUUUUUAAUUUUGUUUCUUUCUUCUAAAAUAGAGUUUAUAUUCUUCUAA